CCGAUGGAGCCGGACGCGCCCCAGCCCGGACUGGCCGCCCCGGACUCCCCGCACGACCCCUGCAAGAUGUUCAUCGGGGGACUGAGCUGGCAGACCACGCAGGAGGGAUUGCGAGAGUAUUUUGGCCAGUUCGGGGAGGUGAAGGAGUGCCUGGUGAUGCGGGACCCACUGACCAAAAGAUCCAGGGGCUUUGGCUUUGUCACUUUCAUGGACCAGGCUGGGGUGGACAAGGUGCUGGCCCAAUCCCGGCACGAGCUGGACUCCAAAACGAUCGAUCCCAAGGUGGCGUUCCCCCGUCGAGCACAGCCCAAGAUGGUGACGCGGACGAAGAAGAUCUUUGUUGGGGGGCUGUCGGUGAACACCACGGUGGAGGAUGUAAAACAGUACUUUGAGCAGUUUGGAAAGGUGGAUGAUGCCAUGCUGAUGUUUGACAAAACCACCAACCGACACCGAGGGUUCGGGUUUGUCACAUUUGAGAGUGAGGAAAUCGUGGAGAAAGUGUGUGAGAUCCACUUCCAUGAGAUCAACAACAAGAUGGUGGAAUGUAAGAAAGCACAACCAAAGGAGGUGAUGUCCCCGACCGGCUCUGCCCGGGGACGCUCCCGGGUCAUGCCUUACGGGAUGGACGCCUUCAUGCUGGGCAUAGGCAUGCUGGGUUACCCGGGGUUCCAAGCCGCCACCUACGCCAGCCGGAGUUACACUGGCAUCGCUCCCGGUUACACCUAUCAGUUCCCCGAGUUCCGUGUAGAGCGGACCCCUCUCCCGAGCGCCCCCGUCCUCCCCGAGCUCACAGCGAUCCCUCUCACGGCGUAUGGGCCAAUGGCGGCGGCCGCGGCGGCCGCGGCUGUGGUUCGAGGCACAGGUUCUCACCCCUCCUGGGCGCUGGCUCCCCUUCCAGGUUCCACCCCGAGCCGCACGGGCGGUUUCCUGGGCACCACCAGCCCCGGGCCCAUGGCAGAACUCUACGGAGCCGCCAACCAGGACUCGGGCGUCAGCAGCUACAUCAGCGCCGCCAGCCCCGCUCCCAGCACCGGCUUCGGCCACAGCCUCGGGGGUCCUUUGAUUGCAACAGCUUUCACCAAUGGGUACCACUGAGGCUGGGGUCCAAGGAGGCAGGAGAGUCCCCGCCAGCAGCUGCCUGAGGAGAGCGGGCUGCAGGACCUGCCGACGGCCGGGGGAUCGAGGGCCAGCCGCCACCGCCUCCUCCUCCUCCUCUUCCUCCUCUUCCUCCUCCUCUCGCGACGCUGCACACUGCCAGCCGGCUGCCGGCUCCUGCCCCCCUCUUCCCCGCCGCCCCUCCGGCCCCACGGACAUCAUCUCGCUGCCCUUACUAACCCCUUCCUCCGCCCCCUCCGCCGCCGCUUUUAUUUAUUUUGGAUUAGCCAGUAGCCUCCUGGUUUUCUCCCUUUGGGUUUGUGCCCCUCACCCUUCCCCCCCCGACCCCGUAGAGCCCCUGUGAAUUGGCUUCCGUGCUCGUGCGUAGCUAGGAUGAUGGUGGUCCGAGCCGCGACCCUCCCCCGCCCUCUCCCCGUACCCCCCAGGUCGCGUCCGCCACCAUUUUUUAUUCUCAUUUUUUUCUUUUUCUUUUUUUUUUUUUCAAAGAAACAUUUUUAACUGUUUCUGGGUUUGUGAAUGUGAAGCUCCGGGCCGGGGGCGGGGGCGGGGGCCGGAGCCCCACACCAGCGGGAGAACAAGUGUAUAUUUUGGUACGUGGCAGCCCGGUCCCCCCCCGGCUCCGGGGGGCGGCGGGGUCGGGGCCGGGCCCGGGUCGAAUCCCUCUCCUGUAUCAUAUAUGUAAAUACUGUGAGGUGACGCCGGCUGCAGCCCGCGGCCCCCACCCCUUUCCGUGGCCCUCUUGGGGACUCGCCUCUCCCCCAUCCAGGGCCUUGCCCCCUUCCCCCUCUUCCUGGACACCGUUACUGUAAGAUUUGGUUAGGGCCUCGACCGAGGCAGGGAGAAGCCACCCUCUCCUCAGCCGCGGGGCUGAGCGAGAGAGGGGGCCCGGGUUCGUCCCCCACCCCGACCUCCACCCAAAGCCCCGGCUUUGGAUGGGAGGGCUGCCCACCCUGCCACGUUGGAAAAGAAUUAACUCUCCAAAGGGUCUCCCUCCAGGUCAGGCCUUCAUGUCUCCUCCCCGUGGGGGAUGCCACGGGCCGCUUCGGGGUCGGAAGGGAGCGGAAGAAGACCCCAGGGGUGGGCGACGGGCUUCUCAGGGAUUGCCCACACUCCAACCGCGGCCUCGCGACAGACGGCGCGGCCUCCCGCUCGGCCCUCUCCCCCGGGCGGCGGCCGGAGCCCCCUCGGCGGCCCCGGACCCUCCCGCCGCCCGCCCGAGGGCACCGGCGGAGGGCAAGAGAGGGUUCGGGGCCUGGGGUUCCGCGAACCAAAGACCCGGAGGGACGGGGCGGGGUCCGGCCGCCCCAGAGUCCCCAACCGACGUCUCGCUCCGAGGAGAGGUAGGAUGGGCCUGAGACGGCGGUCGGGGGGCCGGGGGCCGGGGAGGAGGCCCCUCUCCUGGGUCCCUCUACCCCCCAGGACCCUUCAACUCCUUUGGAGAGUUAAUUGUCAGCGCGAGAGGUACUUGACCUGUUAGUACUGAGAACACGAAGCAAUAAUCUUUGUUACCGAGACGCGCGGCUGUAUGGUUUUUUUUUAAAUAUUUCCUAAUAAAAGAGAAGCUGCAUUUUAUUGGUUUUUAUUUUUAUUUUCUACACGUCUGAGGGGGGCCUGGUCCGGCUCCGCCUCCUCCUCUGUCCCUCGGUCAGUCACCGCUGCCCUGCCCUGGGCUCGUUGGGGUCUUGGCUGGUCUCCUGAUUUGUUUGGGUUUCUUUUUCUUUUCUUACCUUUUUUUAAAAAAAAAGAAUGUUAAGUGAUGUUUCAAAGCCAGUAAGUUACUACUCUCUGGUGUCUGUUCUCUCCACCUCUGUAAUUCCCCUUUUCCAGGUUUUUCAGUUAAAAUUCCUAAAAUAAAUUAUUUGAAAACGA